GGGUGUCGGUGAAGAUGGCGCUGAGGCGGGCGUACUCCAUCAAGGACAAGCUGCAAGCCAUCGAGCGGGUGAAGAAGGGCGAGCGGCAGGCGUCGGUGUGCCGGGCUUUCGGGGUGCCGGGGGGGACGCUGCGGGGUUGGUUGAAGGACGAGGCGAAGCUGCGUUGGUUCUUGGAGCAGCUGGGGGGGGAGGUGGGCACCCAACGCAAGAAGAUGAGGUUGGCCAACGAGGAAGAGAUCGACCGAGCCGUCUACGCUUGGUUCCUCGCCCUCCGGCAGCACGGCGUCCCCCUCUCCGGACCCCUCAUCCAAGCCCAAGCUGAAGCUUUCGCCCGGCAGAUCUACGGCCCCGAGUGUACCUUCAAGGCCAGCCACGGUUGGUUCUGGCGCUGGCAGAAGCGCCACGGCAUCUCCAGCCAACGCAUCUACGGCGAGGGCGGCCUCCCCGGCGCCGAGCACGAGCGGGCGCCCGCCGCCCGCCCCGAGCCGCCGCCGACCCCAGCCGCCGACGCCGGGGGCUACGGCGAUGAGCAGAUCUACAACGCCAACGUCACCGGGCUCUACUGGAAGCUGCUGCCCGGGCAGGCGGCGCGACGGCGGCCGGCUCCUCGCCAACGGGUCACCGUGCUGCUGGCCGCCAACUUGACCGGCUCCCACAAGCUGAAGCCUUUGGUGGUCGGCGGCCUCCGCGACCCCCCCAGCCUCCGCCACCACAACCAGGACAAAUUCCCCGCUUGCUAUCGUUACAGCCCCGAGGCCGGGUUGGGGCUGGCUCUCCUCAGGGCUUGGUUCUUCGAGGACUUCGUGCCGGGCGUCAAACGGUACCUGCGGCGGAGCUGCUUGCAGCAGAAGGCCGUGUUGUUGCUCAGCUCCCCGACGCCGCCCGCCGGGGGCGGCCCCGAGGAGCUCCCCCAGCUGCAGACUCCCGACGGCUCCAUCCGCGCUCUCUUCCUCUCCAAGGGCCCGACCGGGAGCGGCUCGGCCGGAGGGGGCGGCCGAAUCCCGGCCCCGUUGGAGCAAGGGGUGGUGUCCGCCUUCAAGCAGCUCUACAAACGGGAGCUGCUGCGCUUGGCCGUCUCGUGCGCGGCCGGGGGCGGCAGCGCCGGCGGCCCCGUGGACUUCGUGCGGUCCUUUCUCCUCAAGGACAUGCUCUACUUGGCCGGCCUCUCCUGGGACCUCAUCCCCCCCGGCGCCAUCGAGAAGUGCUGGCUGCUGGGGCUGCGCGCCGCCUUCGAGCCCCAGCCUGGGGAGGAAGAGCGAGGAGACCGGCCAGCCGGGGAGGAAGGCUGCGGGGACAGCAAAGUCUUCAGCGACUUGACCCACCUGGCCGCGUUGGCCUACAAGCGCCUGGCUCCCGAGGAGGUGGCCGACUGGCUGCACUUGGAUGACACGGCCCCGGGUACGGGAGAGGACGAUGGGGAUGAGGACGCCGAGGAGGAAGGCUCCGGAGGCUGUGGGGUGGAGGAGGAGGAGGAGGAGGAGGAGGAAGAAACGGUUGCCGGAGAUGGGGCUGGUGGAGGGGACAGUGGGGCUGGCGGGCUUGGGGAAGAGGGUCCCCCUUUGCUGCCCACGGCCCGGGAAGCCAUCAGAGGGCUGGAGACGGCGCUGCGCUGGCUGGAGGGCCAGGACCCACGGCAAGUGGGGCCGCUGAAGCUGGUGCAGCUCCGCUCCCUCAUCAGCAUGGCCCAGCGGCUGCACCGCGGCGGCAGCCCCGAUCCCUAGGGCAGGGGCGGCCGGCCGGCCACCCGGCGGCUACCGACCGCCUCGCCUCCCCGGGGACACCCGUGGGGGUUGGGGACACCCCGUUUGUCCUGGCAGGGCUGGCAGCGGGGGUGCCGGCUCCCCUCCGUCACGGGCAGCUGAGGAGGCCCAGACACCCGUGGGUUACCGUGGCUGCAGGGGAGUGGGGGGGGAGUCACAGUUUAGGGCUAACGGGGGUUUUUUUUUAAGCGACGCCCCCCAUCCGUCGCAUAUUCGAGGGUCGUUCCUCACCCUGAGUUGAUUUAGGAGGCGCUGGUUUUUAAUCCCGGUGAGACUGAGCAGGACGGUCCCGGGGUAAGGCGGGCACCGCGAGGACGGGGUGGGCGGCGUCCGUGCUGCCCCCACGGGGAGAUGGGGUGACGGAGGGACCCCCGAGGAGCCGGGGCCGUGGGGCAAGGGGAUGGCGACACCCUCCCCGCUGCCAAAACGGUUUCCUGUGAAACCGGGGAGAUUUGGGGCUGCUUUAACGAUACUUUUUUUCAUGCACUGGAUUGGCACAGGGGACACGGGGGGGGGGCUACCGGCAAGCCGCAGAUCCCCUGGUGAGGGUCGCCAGCAGCCCUCCCGUGACAGCACGGCAGCACCCGGACCACCGAGACCUGCUGAACACGUACCAUCAAAAAAAAAAAACACCCAAGUUUUGGGGUCCAGGCUCCUGAUUUACCCCGUUUCUUGUGUGAGAUGGGAGCAGGAACGGCCCCUGGAGCUGUCGUGAAAUACCGGAGGCGUCGGAUGUGAAUUAAGCAGCUCUUUCCUCGACCCGGUUUGGAGAAAAUUUUAGCCAAAUGAUUGAAAAAAAGGAACAACGGCAACAAAAAAUACUCAAGCUGACGUGACCCCGUGUCAGCAGGCGGGAUGGGUGUUUUUACUUGUCGGGUCUUUGUCUCACGAGUUCAGAGUUUAUGGAGAUUAAAUGGAUUUUUAUUCCCGCUC